AUGGGGGCGAGUACCAGCAGUAUCGGCGAUACGAUCCUUUUCCCAGCUCCCGAGCCUUCAUAUGAUGAGUCUCUCCCCGGCUUGCUCUGGAUUGAAGAUGACUUCCCCAGCCGUCCACCUAUCGCGUCUGUGGCUUCUCGAGCAAUUGAGUUGCAGCUUAGGAAGGAUAGCCACUCCCGGGGGCGGUGUUUCCCGGCCUUCUUCGUCGCACCUCCCAACGGUGCUGGAAAAUAUGUACUCCUCUAUUGGCAUGGCAACUCUUGCGACCUAGGACACAUAAAGGAGGAGUUAGAGGUGUUGUCAGGCUACCUGAACUGCCACUGCUUGGCGAUAGAGUUUCCUGGCUAUGGACUCGCAGCACCAGCAACUCCCCCUACGGCCUCUGCCGCGGCAGCCGCGAGAGCGAACAGGAAGUCUCGCGUCAGCAUUAGUGAAACCAUCAAUAAGUGGAGUCGAGCAGCAUUCAACUUCCUUGUGUGGAUGGGAGCUCCCCCAACAAAUAUCAUUUGUUUCGGCCGCUCUAUUGGGACGGGACCGGCUGCACACCUCGCGGCUACACUCCUCGCUGAGGGUAUCAAAGUUGGGGGUGUUGUCUUGCAUGCCCCAUAUAUCUCAGUGCACAAGAUUGUCGCAGAGUACACAGCGCUAGGUACAUGGCUGAUUGACGACCACUGGGAUAAUGCCGGAUCCCUACAGCAGAUGGCUCCUGACACGCCCCUUUUGAUCAUUCAUGGAGAAGAUGACGAGAUCAUUCCGACUGCUCAUGGGCGCUGCCUCCUCGAUGGCUAUGAGGGCCAUCACGUGAAGCACGGCUUUUUCCCUUCCGACUCCUCCCACAAUGCAUACUAUGUUAUUGAUGAUUUGGGCAAGCCUAUUCAGACCUUCUUGGCUGAGGCGGCUCGUGGAAGAAGCACGUCUGUGUUUGAAAUCAGCAUUCCACCCUUCAUGACGGAGCGACCUAGUCUGGACGCCCGGCCGGCUGUCACAACUGCCGCUCGGGGAGCUGCCGAAGCAGCAGCUGCUGCCGCUGCCGCCGGCGUCAUGACAGUGAGCGUCACAACUCACAAAACAGGAGCAGCCACAACUGCGACAUCCGAGGCAGCAGGACCCCUAGCGGUCAGUUCCCCUGAGCCCUCUGGGCCUGUGACUUUCAACAGGCUGCUCGAGUGCGGUCUGCUCUCUGGCAGCACUUUAGACGAAAUUGUGGGGGGAGCUAUUCGAGAGGCUCAGGCUCUAGAGGGAUCGAAGGGGAGUGGAGCUGCAGCCAACAAGAAGUAG